UUUGGCUACCUAUUUUGGGGAGCUAACUGAGAUUUUCCAAGAAUUGGAUCAUUUUAAUAAAGUAUCCAUGGAGUGUGAAAACGACAUCAAAGUGUUUCAAAAAUCCACUGAGAGACAACGAGUCUAUGUGUUUCUUGGUGGUCUCGAUGAUGGGUUUGAUCAGGUGCGUGGAGAAGUGCUACGGAAGGAUCCCCCACUUGGCCUUCAGGCUUCUUAUGCGUAUGUUCGUCGUGAAGCCGAUCGGAAGGAAGCAAUGAAGACGGAGGUGGACAAAAGUGAACCCGCUGCCAUGGCAGCAAAGGCCCGUGGAUCAUCUUAUGGGCCUAACCGAGAAGGGUCACAAAACCGGCCAGGACAAACUCGGCCUAGCCAGCCAAGCCGGGAUCGUCCCCAAGGUAAGUGCCCACACUGUGGCAUGCCAGGACACUCCAAGAGUCGCUGUUUUGAGCUGAUUGGAUAUCCCGAGAAUUGGGAUAGGACCCGUGAUCCUCGGUGCAACAAGUCUCGAGCCUCCGUUGCAGAAACCAAGAAUGAUUCAGACCAAAUAGCGGACAAGGCAUCUGCCAUGAUUGCUGCGGCAGGUAGUGAUGGACAUCCGGACGCGGAAGACGAUUGGUUAUGGUAUUAGAAGAGGAAAACUUUAUUACUUGGAAUUGACCACCAGUAGUUCUAGCUUGCUGACUCAAGCUCUCUCUGUUGAUGAUUCUCAA